CUCGCCUGCCUUCCUCCCCUCUCCCCUGCCCCGCCGCCAUCGCCGGAGCCAUCGUCGGCCGCCCAGGAGGACGCGGGGCGAUGCUGAGGGUCGGGGGGGGGGGUUCAGGGGGGGCUUCACCUUUGGGUGUUCCCCGAGGGGUGGCGAGGGGACAAGGCGUCUCCCCGCUGUCGCCCGUAGGGUCCCGGCCCGGCAUGGGGGAGGUGAGCGACACCGACAGCGGGAUCAUGCUGCAUUCGGGCCCCGACAGCCCCGUGCCCCCCCUGAAGGAGCGGGCGCAGGCCGGGCGCAGGCGGCAGCAGGCGUUGGAGGCCCGGCUGGAGACCUGCGUGCAGGAGCUGCGGCGGCUCUGCCUGCGCGAGGCGGAGCUGACGGGGACGCUGCCCCGCGAAUACCCCCUGAAAGCCGGCGAGAAGCCCCCUAAGGUCCGGCGCAGGAUCGGGGCUGCCUUCAAGCUGGAUGAGACCCUCGUCCUGCGCGGGGCGGACCCGCUGAGCGCCCUGGAGCGGGACCUGGCGCUGCAGCUGCAGAUCGCCAAGGCCGCCCGGCGCCUGUGCCGCGAGGAGAACAUCAGCAAGCGGCUGCGCAAGCGGCGGCAGACGGCGGCGCUGCUGGAGGAGCAGAAGCUGAAGGACCUGGAGAACAUCCUCAACCAGCGCCGGCUCCUGGCCGGCCGACGGCCACUGUCCGCCCCCGCCGGAACCGCUGCUGCCGAGGAGCUCAGCGCCUCCGACGAGAGCUCCCUGUCGGACGCCGUCCUGCUGGAGGAGGAGGAGACGCGGCCGCCAGGACCCGGCACCCCGCGAGGGUCCCCGUCACCCGAGCAGCCCAGCGAGGCGGAAGGCUCGGGGACCCCCCCGGACCCCCCCAGCCCCUGGCAGGAGACCAGCCACGACAGACCCUAUGAGAAGGCCACCAAACCCGGCGUCGAUGCCGGCGAUGGGGAAACCCGGGGCUCCCGGUGCUACCCCGCGUCCCCGCCGGCCGCCCCCGGCAGCCCUGACCCCGCAGCCGCGCUGGCGCCCAGGGCGGGGGACGUCCCUCCCUACCGCUUCGUCCCCAUCAGGACCCUGGUGCUGUGCCGGCAGGCGGGCUCCAGCGCUCCCAGCACCCCGGAGCCAUCGGGCCGGCGGGGACAGUCCCAGUCCUUGAGGGUGGAGACGUGCUGGCAGCCCGGGGAGCCGCGGGGCCGCAGCGCCGUACCCCGCCGGCGUCCCACCUACUACACGGUGACGGUACCCACCUCCGUCAUCCCCACCAUCCCGAGCCCCGGCCCAGCGCAUCGCUCCGGCUCCGACGACAGCAUCUCCGACCUCUCCAGCAUCUCUCACGCCACCUCUCCGGGCAGCAGCAGCCCCGACGUCUCCUUCCCGCGUCCCCCGCUCCCACCACCCCUCGUCGAACCUGGGUACUACCCGCGGGGUGCCCACCGGUUCCUGCCGCCCGCCGGCCCCCCGGCUUUCCUCUACGAGCAGGAUCUGGCCCCUUUACGCUACCAGCGCCUGGUGCCCUCCCACAGCCGCAUCGUGCGCACCCCCUCGCUCAAGGACUACGCGCCGGCGGGGGGCCGGGGGCUCUCCAAGGCGGCCGUCACCGAGGAGCUCAUGUCGUGGCACCAGCGCGCCCGGCUGCGGGGUGCCCGUCCCCACUCCCUCGACCGGCAAGGGGCCUUUCGGGGACCCCGUGGUGGCAGCGGCAGCAGCAGGGACGUGCCCAUCACCCGUGGGGUCCUGCCGUGGGCUCAGGCCCCCCCGCUGCACGUCCUGCGGCGCUCCCCGGACGGCGUGCCCGUGCAGGUCUACCUGCCUGAGAACGGCGAGAUCGUCACACAAGUGUAAGCGCAGACACCACCACCACUACCACCCCCCCCCCAGCCCCCCACCCACCCCCCAGCACCCCGAGGCGCGGGAGUGGGGGGGAGCACAGCCUGGCUGGCCCAGGGACAGUGGGGACGGGCCUGUCCCCUACCCCCCCCACCCCGGUGGGGGGACAUGGGUGGGGGGCGCAGCUGCCCCCUCAGCACCCCUGGGUGCUCGGGGGGGGACGACAAGGUGGCCGGGGCUGGCCCCCCCCACUCCCCCCCACCCCGUGUCCCCUCCCCGCCACCCUGCCCCCGGAUGCUGAGG